AAAUAAACUAUAAAUUUCAUUUUUGUACCAUCAAAUGGCAGACAGUGGCUACAAUCCCUAUGAGAAUCGCAAUGUGGAAGUGCCAAUAUCCAAUGUGGGCGCCUUUGUGUCCUUGCUAAAGUGUGUCAUUGGCACGGGUAUCCUGGCGCUGCCGCUGGCCUUUGCCUACACGGGUUGGCUCAAUGGCUCAAUACUGCUUAUUCUGAUUACAGUAUUGCUCAUCCAUGGCAUCACUUUACUGAUCAUUUGCAUGGUGGAAUCCGCACGACGGCAGCAGCAGGGUUACUGCAACUUUCCCGACACCAUGGAAUAUGCCUUCAAUCAGGGCCCGAAGUGGUGUCGUUAUUGUGCCAAGGCUUCGGGCUAUCUCGUGGACGGUGUCCUGGCCUUCUCCCACUAUGGCGUUUGUGUGGUUUACAUCGUUUUUGUGUCGGUGAAUAUCAAACAGCUGUCGGACUACUAUAUCAAGUUGAUCGACCUGUGGAUCUUCAUUGUGUUUGUGGGUUUGCUCUCCAUACCGCUGUUUCUCAUACGCCAUCUCAAGUAUUUGGUGCCCUUCAAUCUGGCCGCCAAUAUUGUGAUGUAUCUGGGCUUUGUGCUGAUCUUUUACUAUCUGUUCCAGAACCUGCCACACAUCUCGGAGCGUGAUGCAUUCAGGGAGCCCUCGAAGCUGCCGCUCUUCUUUGGCAUUGCUCUGUUCUCCGUGAGCUCUGUGGGAGUGAUGCUCGCCAUUGAGUCCAAGAUGGAACAUCCGGAGAAGUACAUUAGCUGGUUUGGUGUCCUCAAUUUGGCCUCUGUUGUGGUCGUCAUUUCGUAUCUGGUCUUUGCCAUCAUGGGGUACUGGCGCUACGGGGCGACGGUGCAAGGCAGUGUCACCCUCGAUUUGCCCAAUAAUGAAAUUCCCGCGCAGGUAUCCAAGGCAUUCAUCAGCAUGGCCGUCUUCCUCACCUAUCCCCUCUCUGGCUAUGUGACCGUGGACAUCAUUAUCAAUCAUUAUCUGAACCGGAACCAGCAGCUGAAGCAUCCGCAUGGCGUCGAGUACAUUGUGCGGCUGUGCUUUGUCCUCGUGUGCACCGUCAAUGCGGUGGCAUUCCCCAAUUUGGGGCCACUGCUCGCACUCGUUGGGGCAUUCACCAUCUCGCUGCUGAACCUCAUCUUUCCGGCCUGCAUUGACUUGUGCCUCAACUAUCAGGCGCCCUACACCUACGGCCGACUGCGCUGGAAGCUCAUCAAGAAUAUUGUGAUCAUCAUCGUUGGCUCUGUGAUCCUGGUGUAUGGCUGCAUCCUGGCCAUCAUGGACAUGAUCAAGGAGUAUGGCGGCAUCAAGUAG